UACUAUUUCGCGCCACUGGGUUAGGUCCUUGCAGCUCCGCAAACGUUAAUUAAAAAAAAAAAAGAACCGAAAGGAGAGCCAGCUGCGACGCUCUUCAUCCCUCUAUCUUAUUUAUUUUUUUUGCCCCACUUUUUACUGGGGCGUUGUCUGUGUGUGUUUUGUUCCUGGCCAGGGGGCGUGGGCCAAGGUGGUUUGCGGUGCUUCCAGGACGCGGGCGUCUUCGCGGGAAAGCUUCUCUCUCCCCCCUCCCCACCGGCGAGUGGUUAUGAGUUGGUUUGGCGCGAGUCUGCAGCGGGUCGGGGCUUGCUUGUCUUCCCUUCCUCUUAUCUCUCUCUUCGUCCCGGGCGGGAUGGCCGGCAUGGACCCUUUCCGGCUGCAGGGCAACCUUUUGGGUGAGGAGAAAGCCAAAGCAUUCCGGAAUACAAAGCUGAUCCCUAUGGAAACCUCUUCAUCCUCUGAUGACAGCUGUGACAGUUUUGGCUCUGAUAAUUUUGCAAACACGAAGCCCAGAUUCAAGCCAGAAGUUGCAGAAGAAGUAGUCAAGAUUUUUUAUGAAGAUUCGGAUGAUGAAUCAUUCUGCGGUUUUUCAGAAAGUGAAAUUCAGGAAGUGUUGAAACUGGAAACAGACUCUGAGGAAAAUGGUAUGAGUGAUGAAGAUGAAUGUCUGCGUCAGAGGCCACAGAAAUGUUCUGUUCCUCUCAAAGUUGCCAUGAAAUUUCGGCCUCGAAGGUCUGAGAGGGGUAAUAGCAAAAUAGCUGCGGCACCAAAACCCUCUUGUGAGCCAGAAUUGGAUUCAGAUUCUGAUGAAGAAAGAGGCCCCAAAUUCUUAGAGAAAAGAGCUUUAAAUAUAAAAGAGAACAAAGCCAUGCUUGCAAAACUAAUGGCCGAAUUAAAAAAUGUCCCUGGAAUUUUUACUAGCAAAGGCCCAUUGGGAACACCUACUCUGAAACCACAGAGGUCUCCAAGGAGAUCAUUUCCCAGGCAAGCUUCAAGAAGGAGGAAUCCAGAAAGGCUUUCUAGACCUCACACAAGAUCCAGGUCCCUGAUUGAAGGUCCUCCCAGCCCUGUAGUGGAAGAAGACGAGGAGGACCCUUAUGUCUUAGUCAGGAGGAAAAUGUCUGAUGCCUACUCUGAGGAUGAAAUGGAUGCCCCCAGAAGAAAGCGCUGGAGUGCCAUGACUCUUCCCCAUGUCGUUCGUCCAGUGGAAGCAGUAACCCAGGAAGACCUGGAUAAUAUCUGCCAAACCGCCAGAGACAAAGUGUAUAACCGUGUGACGGGUUCUACUUGCCAUCAGUGUCGCCAGAAAACUACAGACACCAAGACCAGCUGUCGUAACCCAGAAUGUUUAGGCGUACGUGGUCAGUUCUGUGGCCCUUGCCUUCGCAACCGCUAUGGAGAAGAAGUCAGGGUUGCUUUGCUGGAUCCGGACUGGCAUUGCCCUCCUUGCCGUGGAAUCUGCAAUUGCAGCUUCUGCAGGCAGAGAGAAGGACGAUGUGCUACGGGGGUGCUGGUUUACCUGGCCAAGUACCAUGGCUAUGACAACGUCCAUGCUUACUUGAAAAGUCUGAAACAAGAACUUGAGAUGCAAGAAUGAAGUUCCGGCGGUAUUUGGGGCUCAUCAACUAUGUUGCCAUCAAGGUUGACUGUUCAUCUGAUUUGAAGUUAUUUUUCUACUCUUCUGAGCAUUUCUUGAAGAUGCUGAGCCAAAAAACAAACCCAACGCGCACACAUAAACCUCAAAGCAAGACCCAUUGUGUCAUUUGAUUGGAUGAGAGUUGCAAGACUGUCGGAAGUGUUCUAUGUCUUCUGUGCUGGAGCUGUAUUAGUUGUUAACGUACAUUAUUGCUAGUCACUUGUUCAUACAUUUGGAUGGUAGUGCCUUGAGACAUAGGCAGUAAAGAAAUAUUUGCCACAUGGCUCUCCUGAGUCUCACUGGGACAAGACAUUGUCGUUUUAGCGACAUCCAGAAAGGAGACUUGCCAUGUAACUUUGGAGAUCUAUGGAAUCACAGUCCUUUUUAAAGUUAAAACAACCGUUGUAUUUGAAUGUUACUCUUUAGAGUUCAUUUGCAUACAAAAGGCAACCAGGGUAGUAUUUGCUGACUUCUGGCUGGCGGUGCCCAAGAACCUCUAGUGCACUGGUUCCUAACCUUGGGUCCACAGAUGAUCUUUAACGAAAACUCCCAGAAUCCUUUGCCACAGUCUGCGCUGGCCAGGAUUUUUGGGAGUGUUACUCAUUACUUGCCAGCUAAAGGUGACUGAAGGUUAGGCCCAUUUGCCUUUCGCAUGUGUCUUUAAGCAACCUGAUUUCAGCCAGUAUAUGAAAGGAACAAUAUACAAAGCUUCUGAGGUUGGCUCAUAGAAUUAUUAAGCACCAAAAGCCUCAACACAAGAGCCUUCAUCUUCUGAUAGGGCAUAACAGUUGAAAUAUUGUUGCAGGGAGUAAGUAUAGUUGUAACAUUCAAUGCGCUGUGUGCAUGUUCCCAAGAAUUAUAGCAGGGGCUCUUCCUUUGACGGUUAGGAACGGGCUGAGUGCCACUGCUCUUAAUGCUAAAGCAGCAACAGGAUGCUGGCCAUUGCCUAGUAUGGAACACAAGGUGCAUGACUCUUAUAUGUGCAGUCUGCCUCCUCCAGAAUUGAGGUAGAGGAAUUUUGGAGCAUGUGCCAUGCAGGAAUCUUCUAUUACGUUUUUCAUUACAUGAAAAAUAGGGAGGUGCUCACAAGCCAGAGAUUGGUUUUCAUGCAGUUCCCUUCAGAUUUUCAGGUACAGGAGAGAUUGGCCAAGAAGCUCCUGCCCCACCAAUCAGACAUCUUAGUGUUUCAGAAUACAUUGCUAAGAGAACAUGGGGCUUGCAUUGCAGGCAUCUGUCAUAGGUUGGGUCUGUGGCAUUCCAUCAGUGCCAUUUGCCUUUGAGAAAGAUGCUGGCUGACACAUUUGCUUAACAUUAAAAGUGCUGCAUAGAAUAAGGAGCGAGAAAUACUCAGAGCAGUGGAAAGAACAGUGCUGUGACAUUUACAGCAAUAGCCACGAAGCCCACUUUUACGUUGAAUGUUGGACAAGGAAAGAAGUGAAUGCUGAAUUUUUUUUGUUCAGAUGAUGCCUUUUCACUCAUUUUCUGCUUAGCAUGGGAUACUGUGUAUAGUAAAAUGCACAUGAGCUAGAAAUCUUACUAAUAGGAUGGAGGUUGAUUUCAAAUGGUACUGUACAUUUUGGGGGAUCAGGGAGGAAUAAACCUUUGUUCUUUCGCUUUGCCUCUUUGAGGGAUGAUGGGCAGCAUUUGUAGCCUUCCAGGUGUUCUGGAUUGUAACUCCCAUCAACCCAUGGCCAGUGAUGAUGAAUGAGAAGUUACCUACCCCAAGUCUUUGUUGAAUCAAGCUGUAAACAGGCUGUGUUUAUCCUGCUUUGUUACCCCUCUGUAGAUGUUCUUCAGCUGCUAACACAUGUUGGAGUAACUUAUCUGUAUAUUUUGGAGCUAUGCAAUUGCUGUUUGGGUUUUCUGCAGGCUUUCUUCAAAGACAGGAAAGGACAGCUGCAAUGUCCAUGCCUGGUCUUUAGCAGUUUCAUAAACACUAUAAAUAGGUUCUUCAAUCUAUGAAGCCCUUAUGUACAGAAUGUAGUUUUCAUAAUAAAAUUUUUUUCUUCAAACUUA